ACUUUACGAUCUGAAAUCCCUCUCUUCCCUUUUCCCAUUUUUCACUUAACCACACUCACCACUCUCUCUCUCUAUCUUCCUCUCUCUAUAUAUAUAUACACAUAUACACAACACUCUCUCUCUCUAUAUAUAAAAGUGAUAGUAACAAAGAACACAGACAAAGAACAAUUUUUUUGGGAGUACAAUUUCCGGCAAAGUGAAGAUUUUCUCUAUCAAAGUAAUCAUUUACAAAGUGGUACCACCACCAUGGUCGACGUGGACCGGAGAAUGACCGGUCUGAACCCGGCUCACAUAGCGGGCCUCCGCCGUCUCUCCGCCCGCGCCGCGGCUGCAACACCGUCCACACCGCUCCCUGUCCGCAACGGCCUCCUUUCCUUCACCUCCCUGGCCGACAAAGUCAUCACCCACCUCAAAAACUCCGGAAUCCAGGUCCAACCCGGCUUGUCCGAGUCCGAGUUCGCCCGAGCCGAGGCCGAGUUCGGGUUCGCCUUCCCUCCGGAUCUCAAGGCCGUGCUCUCCGCCGGUUUGCCCGUCGGACCCGGAUUCCCCGACUGGCGAUCCGCCGGAUCCGCCCGGGUCCACCUCCGCGCCUCCCUCGACCUCCCCAUCGCCGCCAUAUCCUUCCACAUCGCCCGAAACGCUCUCUGGUCAAAGUCUUGGGGCCCGAGACCCUCCGACCCGGAAAAAGCCAUCAGAAUUGCAAGAAACGCCAUCAAAAGAGCACCGCUUCUGAUACCCAUUUUCAACCAUUGCUACAUUCCUUGCAAUCCUUCCUUAGCCGGAAACCCAAUCUUCUUCGUCGACGAGAAUCGGAUCUUCUGUUGUGGGUCCGAUCUCUCCGACUUCUUCGACCGCGAGUCCUCUCUGUUUCAGUGCUCCAACCCGCAGAUUCUCUCCAAACAACGGUCCCUCAGCGAGAAAUCCGCCGGGUCGUCUUCGAAUUACUCCCGGAGAAGCCUCGACACCAUCACCGGAGGACGAACGCCGAGAUGGGUCGAGUUCUGGAGCGACGCCGCCGUGGAUCCGCGGCGGCGGAGGAACUCAAACUCGUCUUCCUCCUCCUCUUCGUCGCCUGAACGAUACUUCGACAUGCCCAGGUCCGAAAUGCCGAAAUGGGUCGACGAGUACAUAAAACAAAUCGGCUCGGUUCUGAGAGAAGGCGGGUGGAACGAAUCCGACGUCGCCGAGAUCGUCCACGUGUCAGCCUCCGGAUUGUUUGAUGGCGAGAUGGUUCUACUAGACAAUCAAGCGGUCCUCGACGCUCUCCUUCUGAAAGCAGACCGUUACUCCGAUUCGCUCCGAAAAGCCGGGUGGAGCUCCGAGGAGGUAUCGGAUGCUCUAGGGUUUGAUUUCCGACCGGAGAAGGAGAGAAAACCGGCAAUGAAACUGUCACCUGAGCUCGUGGAGAGAAUCGAGAAACUGGCUGAGUCGGUUUCCCGGUCAUAGAUACUUUUUUUUUCACAUAUUUCUUUUCUUUUUUCUUUUUUUUUUUUCAAAAAAUUUCAAAAUCCACGGUUUUGCUUUUCCUCUGUUCGGUGGAAAUGGGAAGAGAAAUUUGGGAAACGCGUUGUUGUACCAUUAAAGAAAGUGUAUAAUGGGCUUAAAGAAUUCAAGAAAUACAUGAUUGUUAUAUGUAUAAUAUUUAUAUAUAUAAGAAAAAUAAUAUUAUUUCUGUAAAUUAUAGUGUGUAUGUUUUUCACAGCUCAUAUUUGUUUGUAAUAAUUUUAGUUUUUCCAUGGAA